AUGACUUUUCACACCAAACAGGCAAAAGGGCAGGAUUUCUGAAGUCAGGCUAGGUGUGGGAUGACAAGAUUGGGCACUCUCAAUAUCUGGUAAUUGCUUAUGAGGGAAUGGAGAAUCCAGGAAGAUCCUUGUGUACAGAGCACAAGUACUGCAGAGCAGUGACAGCACUAGAUAAACUCUCAUGCAGCAACUUUGUAACUAAUACCGAUCUCUUCUCUAGUAGCUCUUUCAUAGUGCAUCCUGCUUGGGUUACCAGACCUCUCAUCCCACAAAGGUGCUCAUGGAUCAGCCACUGUCCCCAUUUCCCUGACACAGCAUGUAAGGGACUGAAGGUGUGGGAAAAAUCAGUGGACAUUGCUCAUGUUCCUGUUCUAGCAAGAAGGGAAUCUGAUGGGUUUUAUUAUCUUGGUACAAUAAAGCAGGAGAUAGAGAGCGAGAGAGGAACUUUCCUGGUAGAGUUUGACAAACCACUUGCAUCAGGUGACAAGUAUUCAGUAUGUGUGCAAAAAACAGCCAGGGAUGACAUCCUUGAAUAUGUCAAUGGAAUGAGGCACUCUAUACUCCCUGGAGACAAAGUACUGGCACCCUGGGAACCAGACCUGGUCAGAUAUGGCCCUGGAACCAUCCUACUAGGCAUUGAAACACGGGAUCCCCUGAGAGCCUCAGAGGAUGAAGAAAUCACGGUCUGUUUUUGGAAUGACAAGAAAGUGAAAGUACCACUAGGUGUGGCCUUAUGGAUUCCACCAGACACAUGGGAAAGGAUAGUAGAGAUGAUUCACAUGCCCUUCACCAGUCGAUUAAAGCUUACAAACCCUCUCACCACCACUAGCUCUUAUACUUCUACCUGCAGACUUCUAAGAGCCCCCAUCCAUUCAUGUGCUUUAGACGAUGGGCUAAGUAAGUACAGGUGGCCAUGGCUGUGGCCAUGGCCAUUUAUCUGCCCCCCUUUCCAUGGUCAUUGUCACAGUAUAUGCUGUUCACCAGUCCAUGUGGGAUGCAUCUGCUGCUCCCAUCCCAAAUUCAGUGCCUGGCGGCCUCUACUAUCCGCAUCUUUGCUCCCUCAAAGAAACACUGAACAGCAAGAGUCCAAUAACAAGCCCACUGCACAACUUCUAGAAUUGGAAAGUCCAAAGGAAAAUGAACCAGCAGCAGCUGCUACUACUGCUUCUUCCUCCUCCUCCUCCUCUGAUUUAGAAAGUGAGGAAGAGAUGGGCCUAACGAAGAGCACGGUGGUGGAUAGUGCUGUUAAUACAGAUUCCAGCCUUUUCAAAAAAACCAAACUGAAAGAUGCUGCAAAACCUGAGUGGAAGUACUGGAAGAGAAGCCACACCAAGUCACAUCCUAGGAAUCCAGGAAUCAGCAUUCCCAGCAGCAAGUGUACAAAGGGGAAAGCAGAAUCCAGAACCAUUUUCUCCUUGGACAUGCACCCUGUUGCAUCAACCAACCACAGUGCAAUGUUUGAAACUAUUGAACAGUCUCCGAGAAGACAUCUCACACUGAAAGAUGUCUUAAUCCACCAUGAUUUCAAGUCAUCAUUAGGGUCACAGGCCACUCCUUUUUUAGAGAACCUUGGAGAAAAUCGAAUAGAAUGUGAACGCCAGAGAAGAGCCUGCAUGGAACAAAAAAGAAAGAAAAAAAUCCAGCAGCAGCAGGAGUGUGAAAGAGAACAGCAGGCUGAAGAGAAGUACUACACUGCACAGGAACACCGGAGAAACAAGAAACUGCUGCAUUUCGAGAAUAAAGAUAAGAAGGUAAAAGAACAAGACAGAAAGCAGAAUCAGACAAUGAAAACAAAGCAACUUGCACAGCAGAGGACAAACCUGAAGAUGCAGACCAUGGCAGAGGAGGACAGGCAGAAAGAACAGCAAAGACUAGCUCACCUGCAACGAGUCAGAGACACAUAUGAUGAGAGGGAAUUCAAUAAGUGUAUAGCUAAAGAAAUUAAAGAGAAACAAUCUCAGGAAGCCCGAAGGAGAAGAGUGGAGACCCAGUACAAGUUAAUGGCAGAAAAGCUCUCUCAAGAGGAAAAACAGAAGAGAAAGUAACCAGAUAGCACAGAACAAAGGAGAUACAAACAAAUAUUUAUGUAGAAUCCCAACCGCUGUUAUGGCUACCAUACUUUAAGCUUCCCCCAAAUAAAAUCUACUGGAACCUUAUUAGAAUAAGCCAAGUAAAAGUUUGUAUAUGCAUACUAAAACACGUGACACAUUUUAUUCAUAGAUGCCCAUUCAGCAAGCUACCUGAAGCCUAUGAGAAGUCCCACUGACUUCAGUGGGAUUAUUCAUAUUCUUAAAUUAAGCACAUGUUGAAAUGUCUUGCUUAUUGAGGAAGUGGGAGUUAAUCAUGUGUGUACGUGUCUUGCUCAAGUGGGAUUUAGCUUAAUGAAAGUGAAAACUAACAGUACUGGAGAAACUUACAUUUAUGUAGCAAUAAUUGGGCUUAGCUUUUUUUUUAAACUGCAACCAUGUGCACGUUUUAGCUUGAAUUACAGCUCCAGUUUCUUCAUUCAUACCACUAUGACCAGUUAUCAACUACAGUAUUCUACAUGGCACACUGUAGCCAGAUCCUCAGCUGCUGUAAAUUGGCAUGAAUUUCAAAGGAGUUACAUUGAUUUACACUAGU